UUUUUAAUAAAGAAACAUCAGAUAUUUUCCGCGGAGGUUUAAAUGUGGGACGACUUCGUGUCGAAAGAAGGGACAGCAGACACUUGUCGCCUCCAGCAAGCUCUACACCGGCGAGGAAGAAGAAGCCAACGACACGCUUCCCCAACUCCGUCUCCCUUUUUCCUAUUACAAAGGUUUCAAACUUGGUCAAGAAUGGGUUCUUACUUGAACUUCAAGAACUCUGGGGAGGCUCCACUGAGCAGAGAAACUUCGAUAUACUCACUGACCUUUGAUGAGCUCCAGAGCACAAAUGGUGGAUUUGGGAAGGACUUCGGGUCAAUGAACAUGGAGGACCUAAUGAAGAACAUAUGGACAGCUGAGGAGGAAUCUAAUCAACCCCUCGCAUCUCCUGCUCCAAAUAGCUUUUUAGCCAUUCCUAGGACGCUUAGCCAGAAAACUGUCGAUGACGUGUGGAAAGACUUCCAGAAAGAGACAGUCUCAAAAAGCUAUGGAGAAAUAACACUUGAGGACUUUUUAGUGCGAGCCGGGGUUGUAAGAGAGGACAGAAUGGUAAAUUCAGGAGGUGCCGAUUCUGCAAAGCAAGAACAGCAGCUUCUUCAGCCACCUUUGUAUGCUAACCAAUCUACUGCACCUUUUGUCUCCCCAGUUGUUGGAAUAUCUCCUCCUCCUAUUAUUCCUAAUAGUAACAUGGAUAGACCUUCACUAUCCCAUUCGCCGUAUACAUUUAAUGAAGGUGGAAGUGGUGGAAGUGGGAGGAGAGGGUGUGGCGGCUCUUUAGAGAAAGUAGUCGAAAGGAGGCGGAGGAGGAUGAUUAAAAACCGGGAAUCUGCUGCAAGAUCUCGAGCCAGGAAGCAGGCAUAUACUAUAGAAUUGGAAGCGGAAGUAGCAAGACAGAAGGAAAUCAAUGCACAACUGAGGAAAAGACAGUCUGAACUUCUGGAGAUGCAAAAGGAACUGGUAAAAGUCUCUCUUGUCUUGUGUUAUGUUGUCUAGUAUUCUUAUCAUGCAAUGUAGAAUGGCUUUCUGAAUGCCAAAAUUUAUAAUUAGCAGUUUAACGCGUGUGAGAAUUAGGGAUAUGAAGCAUUCUAUUCACCCUAUUUAUAAGGAUAUGCAAAUAAACCUAAUUGAUUUAGGAAGACUAGUCUGAUAGAUAAAUAAAUAAAGUAAAAUGCAUUUUUAGUUACACUUACAGCUGUGCUUUUUAGGCCAUAUAGUCCAAUUGAGCAACAUAGCAAUAUACAAGUAUACUAUAAUCUGUAUUUUGUUUUAUGUUUUAUACUUGUUAGAUUAUGAAUUAUGAUAGAGUUACAGGAUUGAGUUGGAGUUGCUCAACUAGGUAUCAGCCACUUGGGCUAAACCAUAUUAAAAGAUUGAAUCCAGUCUUCUGUUCACUGGUUCAUCCCAGGAUCUUAUUAACUCAUCAUUUUUCUUUACUAGUUCGAUGUGACUCUAUAUUCUAUGCAAGUAUAUAGUAGUCCAGAGUGAAAGUGCUAUUUGGGAUAAAAUCUUAUGCAAAGGGAAGCUACAUUAGGGUUUAAUUUUAACAACACUCUUGAAGAUGAAAUAUACUAUCAUACUUAAUUUCCCCCCUCCUUUUCCAUCAUUUGCAAUGGAGCCAAGGACUCACUAUUUUUUGACUUGGAAAUGUGAUGGAAUAAAGCAAAAUGACUUAUUAAACUGUCUACGCUUCUUUGUUAUGAAGCAUCAGUCAGUCCAUGCAAUUUUCGGUGCGAUUUUCACUAUGGGUCAUCCGGAAACAGUCUCUCUGUUCUUUCUCAGAGAUAAGAUUGCUUACAUCUGACCCCCCCCACCCCACCGAAGGUGUGGGAGCCUUUGCGGCACUGGGGUAAUGAUGAUGAUAGUGACUUAAUUUUUUUCCUCCCAAUGUCAAAUCAACCUUCUAUUUUUUCGAAAUUAUCAUGCAUCUUGCAAAUUUAUUUUAUAGGAGGAGAAACCGAGAGUGCCACGGGAUGGAAAGUUAAUAUGCUUGAGGAGGACGUUAACCGGGCCGGUGUAAAAAAGUGUUGGGCAGAAGCAUGUAUCAUACAGAGUAUAUAAUCAGACAUAGUUACCUUAAAUGCAGUUAGACAGGUUUAGGUCAUACUGCUCCCAUGACCUGAUUCAGAUUUUCGUCAUCUUUGUAGGGAUUAUAAGAAGCCAUCGUGCAAAUUAAUGAUGUUCUUCUUAGCAUUAAGUGUACGUUUCAUUAUGUGCUUGUUUUGAAUGUGAGUACAGUAUAAAGUUAGUUAUGUAACCUGACUCCAAAUGCUAAUCUCAUGUGCUGUAUUGUAAACAUAUAUGUUCAUAGACUAUGGUUAGUUCCAUAUUUUUCAGAAUUAGUGAGCAUGAAAUAUAGUUGUUAAGUGUCAAAUUUCA